AUGCAAUCGUCAUUAGGUAAUAUAGAUGGUGGUGGUAAUACAACCUAUCCAUCUAUAUCAUCUUUUCGUAUGCGUAAUAAUUCAUAUUCGACAACUCCAUUUACAAAUAACUAUCAAUCAACAUCACCAACAAAUUGGUUUAGUCCACCUCCACUACAAACUCCACCACCACCAUUAACAUUAACAAAUGGUCAAACAUCGAUACAACAAUUUUUAAAUUCCGAUAUGCUUGCAUCUAUAUCAAGAAGUAAUUCACAGCCAGAUCUAACAGCUACAUUAAAUACAGUUCAAUCAUCUGCUAAUCAAUUAACAUCAUCAAAAUCAAUGUCAGUUUGUUCAGAUGAUUUAUAUAUGGAUAUUGGUGCUUGUAAUAAUUCAAGUGUUGUUGAUGAUUUAUUUCUUGGUAUUGAAGCAGAUUUUAUUGGUACAUCAGAUUUAUCGGAUUUUUUUGAGAAUGAUUAUUUUUCAGAAUUAGAUGAUACACGUUCAUUAUUUCAACAACUUGCUAAUACUUCUAGUCCAUUACAAGCUCCACCACCACAACGUAGUGCACCAUCAUCACCUAAACCACAACCAAAAAAUCGUACAAAUACGAAUGGACGACAAUUACAAACAAAAUUAUGGUCGAAAAUGACAAUAAAUGAACAAACGUUAGCAACAGAAGAUUUAACACGUAUUAUAAAUGAACAACUUGGUCGACGUGAACAAUUAGAAAUCAUACGAAUAUUACAACCUGAUGGACCACAAUUAUUACCACAUCAAACAGAAUUUAUUUUAGAUUUUUCUGGUAUGAAUGAUGAUAAAUAUAGACGUAUUAGAAAUAUAAUUAAAUUUAAUUUAAUUGGUGGUGGUUCAAUGAACGAUGAAAGUGAUGGUUAUUCAUCAUUAUCAUCAAAUAAUAGUGAUCCAUUAUCACAGCGUAUUGAAAAAGCAUUAAAAUUACGUCAACGUAAAGAACAACGACAAGCAGCUAAAGAACAUCGAUCUGGUUUAUUUAAUGCUCAACAUCAUCAAGUACUUGAAUUGACAAAAUGCGAUGAAGAUAUUGAAGUUGAUAUUUUAUCGUAA